AUGGCCCUCAGUAUCCGGCAGAAGAGGGUGCGAAGAAUCUCCGGAGACCCAGUCGAUGGGGUUGUGGUGCAAGGCCCUGUGGAUGGUCUGGCUACUGGCACCCCACUCUAUAGUGUGGCGGUGCAAGGCACUAUAGAUGGAAGGACUACUUGUAGACCAAGGGGUUGGAGGUUUGGUACCUGGAAUGAUACAUUCACCUUUGAAGACUUUUCUAGCAUGUCACCUUCCACUGCUUAUCAGGUCUUCAAAGCUAAAAGUUCCUAUCCUUUGCACCUGGCCAUCAGAAUGCAAAGGGAAGAUGUCGUCUUUCUUUUUAUGAUUGAAUUCCAUUCUCAGUUGCCAGAAAAGUUGAAUGAAAUGGACGAACUUGGAGAUCUGCCCAUUGACCUUGCUCUUAUGACCAAGCAAGAGGGCAUCUUGAAUAUUCUCAUUGAACAUGGAGUGGAUGUUGAUAGACCUGAUGACCUUGGACACUGUCUUUUGCACAAGGCUAUUAACAGAGGCACUUCAGUUUUUUUUUAA